UCUACACUUCUAUCUUAUACUUCAUAGAAGAAAUAUGAAAGCAGAAGCUACAUUUCUUAUUCUCCUUGCAACCAUUGCAGGUUUAUCUGAGGGAGCUGGUGUGCUACUACAAAACCCACUGAAUGUAUCUGUUGGGGAAGUGAGCAUGCUGGACACAUAUGAACCAGUCUCCAAUGUAGUAGUAACUCCACAGAGUUUGGAGUUGAUUGAAUUCCACAGACCUGGUAGUCUGUCUUGCUCCUCCUCUGGAUCAUCUCUCACCUUCGUCUGGAUGAAUGGCAGCUCUCAGAUUACAGCGGGUGGUGGACUUCAGAUUACUGAUGGAGGAUCCACUCUGACUUUCUCCGGUAUCUCCCGCUAUCACCAUGGUACAUAUAGGUGCCGUGUUUCCAAUCCUGUGAGUUCUGGCAUCAGCGAUCCAGUUAGCGUCUUUGUGAGCUAUGGUCCAGAGAAGAUGAGACUGAAAUUUUCACCUGAAGAAGAAUUCUAUGAAAAAGGAACAGAUAUUUACCUCUCCUGCUCGGCUGAGUCUCAGCCUCCCCCAGAAUAUACGUGGUAUUGGCGUGGGGUUCCCCUGUCCCAUCGUGAACCGGUGCUUAACCUGACAAACAUUCAGACAAAUCAGAGUGGGAUCUACAUCUGCCAGGCCAGAAACAGCAAAACUUCCAACUUUAUAAAUUCUUUUCGAUUGCCUAUUUUUGUGUAUGAGCGAAUCUCUAAUGUCACAGUAACCCCAGACAGUGUGGACUUGGUUGAGUUUAGCAGUUCUGUUCACCUUUCCUGCUCUUUUGCUGGAUUUCAUAAAUUGAUAUACUGGAUGAAUGGCAGCUCUGAGGUUACAAGGAGUGACAGAGUUCAGAUCAGCAUAUCUGAUGGGGUAUCCACUCUGACUAUGGCAAAUGUGAGCCGCUAUGACCAUGGAUCAUACUGGUGUAAAGUGAUUAAUUACAUCAGUGAUGACAGAAGUGAGCCUGUAAAUGUCUUCAUCAGCUAUGGCCCAGAAAGCACACAGUUGGAGAUCUCUCCAUUAAAUGAAAACCAUGAAGAAGGUGUAAACAUCCAGCUUAUCUGUUCAGCGGAGUCUAGACCUUCUGCUCAGUUUCACUGGUUUCUGAAUGGAGCUUUGCUGCCUAAUACUGGAUCAGAGCUCAGACUGAUGAACAUUCAGGCAAGUCAGAGUGGAAACUACAGCUGUCAGGCAUUUAACAGCAAAACUCUGAGAUAUCAAACUUCUCGACCGACAGCCUUGUCUGUACUUGAACCAGUCUCCAAUGUAGUAGUAACUCCACAGAGUUUGGAGUUGAUUGAAUUCCACAGACCUGGUAGUCUGUCUUGCUCCUCCUCUGGAUCAUCUCUCACCUUCGCCUGGAUGAAUGGCAGCUCUCAGAUUACAGCGGGUGGUGGACUUCAGAUCACUGAUGGAGGAUCCACUCUGACUUUCUCCGGUAUCUCCCGCUAUCACCAUGGUACAUAUAGGUGCCGUGUUUCCAAUCCUGUGAGUUCUGGUAUCAGCGAUCCAGUUAGCGUCUUUGUGAGCUAUGGUCCAGAGAAGAUGAGACUGAAAUUUUCACCUGAAGAAGAAUUCUAUGAAAAAGGAACAGAUAUUUACCUCUCCUGCUCGGCUGAGUCUCAGCCUCCCCCAGAAUAUACGUGGUAUGGGCUUGGGGUUCCCCCGUCCCAUCGUGAACCGAAGCUUAACCUGACAAACAUUCAGACAAAUCAGAGUGGGAUCUACAUCUGCCAGGCCAGAAACAGCAAAACCUCCAACUUUAUAAACUCUUUUCGAUUGCCUAUUUUUGUGUAUGAGCGAAUCUCUAAUGUCACAGUAAGCCCAGAGAGUGUGGACUUGGUUGAGUUUAGCAGUUCUGUUCACCUUUCCUGCUCUUUUGCUGGAUUUCAUAAGGCGAUAUACUGGAUGAAUGGCAGCUCUGAGGUUACAAGGAACGACAGAGUUCAGAUCAGCAUAUCUGAUGGGGUAUCCACUCUGACUAUGGCAAAUGUGAGCCGCUAUGACCAUGGAUCAUACUGGUGUAAAGUGAUUAAUUACAUCAGUGAUGACAGAAGUGAGCCUGUGAAUGUCUUCAUCAGCUAUGGCCCAGAAAACACACAGUUGGAGAUCUCUCCAUCAAAUGAACACCAUGAAGAAGGUGUAAACAUUCAGCUUGUCUGUUCAUCGGCAUCUAGACCUUCUGCUCAGUUUCACUGGUUUCUGAAUGGAGCUUUGCUGCCUAAUACUGGAUCAGAGCUCAGAUUGAUGGACAUUCAGGCAAGUCAGAGUGGAAACUACAGCUGUCAGGCAUUUAACAGCAAAACUUUGAGAUAUCAAACUUCUGAGCCCUCAGCUGUGUCUGUACUCGCACGUGUUUCCAAUGUUAUGGUGAAAUCAAACAGCAAAGACUGCAUUGAAUUCAACAGUACUGUCAGUGUGUUCUGCUCUGCAUCUGGAUAUUCUCCUAAUUUCCAGUGGAUGAACAGCAGCUCUAAGGUCAUAGCUGAUGACAGAGUUGAGAUCACUGAAGGAGGAUCCACUCUGACCAUCCUGAAUGUGACCCGCUUUGAUUUAGAGCUACUGAGGUGUCACGUGUUCAAUUACUUCAGUGAAGUCUUUAGUGAUCCAGUAAACCUCUCAAUGUAUUAUGGCCCAGAAAAAGUGUCACUGACGAUUUCACCAACUGAAAAAUAUUUCAAGGAGGGUUCUGAUAUACACUUGUCCUGCUCAGCAGACUCCAGACCUGCUGCCGAGUUUCAGUGGUUUCUGAAUACAAAUCUCUUGUCUCAUUUUGGAUCAGAACUCAGACUUACAGAUGUUAAAAUGAGUGAUAGUGGAAGCUACAGCUGCCAGGUCUUUAACAGUAAAACUUUGAGAUAUCAAAAAUCUCAGCCUGUUGCCAUCUCUGUAGUAGAAUAUGAACAUGAAGGUCUCUCAGGGAGCGCCAUUGCUGGAAUAGGAAUGUCUUGUCGAAUAGUUUUUGUUUCAGGAGUGGCUGGAAGCAUCUUUAUUAUUAAUAGCCUGUAAGUGUGAGAUGAAGUGUUUUUAAGCUAACAUGAUUUAAAUACAAAUAUUUUUAACUUGUAAAAUUGCACUGAAAACAUUG